AGGAUAUUUUCAUUAAAAUGAACCGAUAAUUGUGAACGCGCGUCUCAAAAAAUGAGGAACUGUACGUAUCGGAACACCGCCUAUUUAUUCAAAUAGGAGAAAAAUACUUUUCCUUGUCAGAAAUCAAACCAAUUUGAAUGAAUGCAGUACAGUAUGGCAGUGGUAAACAAAUAGUAACAAAUGACAAGCAUCAACCGAAGACCUGUGGCAACAGCAAAAGGCUGAACUAUUGCCAAAUAUGAACAGGAACACAGGUUCCAAGACUGAGAAUUCGUGCCAUAACCGCUAUACCCGCCAUACCCGGAGUAUCCGGUGUAUUCUAAACAAACUUGAACAUUCUUUGAUUAUGAAUUCAGUCUCGACCUCAUGCUUAAUCUAUUCCAUUCAACAAUACUAUGACAUUAGUAGUAACUGUAAGUUUCUUACGAUUUAGAAAUCGUUCAACUUUGUUCUGAAUACACCGGGUAUUCCGGGUUUGACGGGUAUAGCGGGAACUGAUCGAAUUUAUUACUCUUGUGUUAGUUUGUAAGUAGAAUCAUAGCGGGUGUUGUUUCACGCAUGUUGUUGUGAGAAAUGCAUACUUUUGUUUUAUUUCUACUGAGUUACGUAAUCAUCUUUGUGUUCCCUAUUGAAAAUGAACAAACAACCGUCUUACAAUGGCAUUACUGAAACUACCCAAUGAUAAAGCAAUGUGGCUACUCUAUAUAAAGAGACAGAAAAAGGCAAGAAUCAGUUCAUUCACUAUGAGUAAGCCGUGCUCUCAGCUCAACAGCAAGCUCAUAAGGGAUGCGGCCGAAUGCCACCUCGUCGGACCAAUACAGAACCUCUGUUCUGUCAUAUCAUUUAAAUGCAUCUGGAGGGUAGAUGAAAUAGAAAACGCGUGGUCGUGGAUUUGUUCAAAAAGAGAAGAAUGCGAUACAGCGCUGGCGAAACUUAAAGAAGUCUCAUUUUUCUUCUCUGCCAUAAGCACGUCUAAGCUGAAGCAAGCUAAAAUGUCUGAAGAGGCAGCAAACGAAGAGUCAGGACGAGAUGACGAGGAGACGGUCGUUGCAUCUCAAGUUUCUACGCAGGGGAAGCAAAUAUAUCCUGCGAUUUCCUACUGGGUUGCAUGCCAGACUAUUAAUGGGUCGCCAGUGAAUCCCCUGACCAUACAGAGAGCGCUAUCGGGCUUUGGAAUUGAAGUGUAUAUGUCUAGGACUUCAAGGAAAAAGUCAGUCUUUACAGACCAGCUAUGCCAGGUUUUGAAAGACCACAAGAAUCCCUGCAUGGUGGAGUUCACAAACAAAUCAUUUCAGUUCUUUCUAGGUAAACUGUGUGAUGAGCUGGGUGAGGAGAUAGACGAAGAAGGGCUAUUCGAGGCAAAUGAGCAUGUUGUCCGGAUAAGAGUUUGCAGGCAAACUCUUCAGACAAUCUUGCGAGAAGCAACAUCUAAACUUCACAAAGCAGGAUUGCAACUUGACUGUUUUGGCCUACUUGACGAAUCCCUGCCGUGUUCAAUUCCAGUUGAAAUAACACCCCUGUCUGGUCCUCUUGCCGUGCUAAUCAAAGACAUCGAAAGGGCAAUGGAUAAAUUAGAAUACGUAGCGUUCAAGGGAUGUGUCUACCAUCUGACCCCUGGAGCCACCUACACAUACAGCCAGUUGUGUACCAUGAAAGCAUUCCUUCACUGCCUGAUGGCGAACAAUGGCUUCAGAGAUAGGCUUGUGAAGCACUUCCCACGAGUGCUAACCAUACUGGGCGACGAGGAAUGCCGAAUGAUUCCCCAACUGCACAUAGAACGAGACUUGGUGGAAGUGAACGACGGUUGGUGCUGGUCAUUUGCAUCUAAUCAAUUUGUCAAUAACGCCAUCUCAAAAAGUCAGAAAGGCCAUGUAUCGCCGAGAGCAUUUAUCAAAUAUCGCCAUACAGAUGAGCCAAAUCCACGAUAUUUUAGGGAAACAUUACAGAAUAGCCUGGAUGACAGUCAGAUAGCGGAGUUCCUGCGAGACUUUCUUGACCUCUUCCGUCCGAAGGUCUAUAAGCAGAAAGUACCAUGUGCCAUUGGUCCACCGGACAGCGGCAAAACUAGUUUGUUUGCACCCGUCUUCCAAGUCAUCCCACUGGAAAGAAUUGCACGCGUCACCAAGCAGAAGGGCUUUUCAAAAUCAAUGAUAAACGCGGAAACAGAAGUAAUCUUCCUGGAUGAAGCGUCCGAAUCAAUCCUUGACAUUGAUGACUGGAAGAUCUUGUGCCAAGGGGGGUAUACAGCCCACGACGCAAAGUGGAAAGGUGCGGCUGGAUUCAAAAUGACAGCAUCAAUGUUCAUCACUUGCCAGCAGGAGAUGAACUUCGGGCCACUGCACAACGCCGCCAUGGAUAAGCGGCUCAACAAGUACACCUUUAAAAGCCUUCUAUCCGUCGAUCCCGAGGCCCAUCAAUGGCUGUCAACCCAUGCCAUGGAUUGCAUUGUGUGGGCUUCCAGGAAUGCAGCGCCAAGACGGUCAAGUGCUCCAACACCUGCAUCAACCGAUGCAGGCCUGAGUUUAACAGAAAUCGCACGGGUGGCGGCAGUUGAUCUGUCUGAUGGGGAUGCUGACGAGGAUUGCGUUGAAGAAUCUUGCUGCAGCAACACGGAAACAGAUGGAGACGAGGAUAACCAUUCUGGCACUGACGCAGAGACGUUCAACAAAAUGGAAGCUGAGUAUCGCAACUGCCAGCCAUUCAGCAUGCGAAAGCGACAGCUCAACAUUUUACUAGAGAAGAUGAAAGGAGAGAGGAGUUUGCGCCAGCAACUAAACAAGGCCCGUAAAUCUAAAAUGCUGAAAAGCCGAAGUAAAAGACUGGUGGAUCUGGGAGUUCCACACAACUUGAUGGAAUUAUUACCGGAAGACCCCGAAGAUCCAAUGCCCGAGGAAAUAAUCGUGGAACUAGGCCGGAUUAGAGAGGAUCACCAGAAGUCUGAGGCUGAGAAGAGGAAAGUCAUGGCAAGAGCGGCAUUCGAGAGCCAUUGGGUGAGAGCGACUGAGACUAAGCUGCACCGAUGUUCGUCGAGAUUGCAAUCAAUCACGGACGAGGCGUUGAAAAGCGCUAAAGCGUUGGUGCAACUUGUCAGCGACAAGCUCAAAAGUCACCAUACCAACACUGGAACUCUGGCUUGCGAGACCGCUAUUGAGGAAAGACGGAAGGCGUUCAUCAGCUGGGGGCUCCUCGACCAACGAUGUGCGCACUUGUUGCUAAACUUAUGGGAUCCGCUACCGAGCUGCGACGAUGAGGCAGACAGUGACCAAGAUUCUUUGUUUCGAGACAGCGGAUGCCCAUCCCAGACACACACCCCUCCUCGCCAAGGCUCAAGUGACGAUAUGCCAGAGAUACCAAAGACCCCAUCAUGGAGCCCAAAACCAAACAGAUGGGAAUCACCAGGGAUAGAAUUGAUGGCAUUCACUACACUGGCCAAGCGCCGUUCCCUCACCCAGACUCCAAAGGGGCGACGCAACCGACUCAAGUUUCGUAAACCGCAACCGACAGACAAAAGGCAAACAAGACUGGACGGUUUUCUCAGCCAAAUGUAAUCUUUUUUUAUGUUCUGUAAACACGAUAUUCUUCCUGAUACUCUGUAUAACAAAGUCGCCAUAAAGUCUGAAUAAAGUCGUGUGCCCGCAUAUACGCACAACGCUACGUAAU